GCGCGUUACCCAGUGCAGUGACGCGUCCCAUAGCAUAAGCAGUCAGUCUGUUCUUGCUCACCGUUCUCUCCGUCGUCCGGAACACUUCUUUCACCAUCCGACGCGAUGCCUCCAAAAGCUGAUUGGGAGAAAUACGAGAAGAAGGUCGACGACAAAGAGGAGAAGAUUCAAGCUCUUACAACUAGCGACAUCCAGAUCCUCAAAACUUAUGGUCAAGGAGCAUACGCCGCAAAGCUGAAGAAGACAGAACAUGACAUCAAGGAAGUGCAGAAGCGGAUAGAUGAGAAGCUUGGCGUGAAGGAGUCCGACACAGGCCUUGCUCCGCCAAAUCUAUGGGAUCUUCCAGUCGAUCGACAACGCAUGGGGGCUCAUCCAUUGCAGGUUGCACGGUGUACCAAAAUCAUUCCUGUUGAUCCCAAGAAAGCCGAAGCUGCACGCGCUGUCAACCCCGUCGGUGCCGCUCAGGGCCAGAAGGGGGCCGAUGAGCAAGACAAAUAUGUCAUCAACAUAAAACAGAUAGCUAAAUUUGUUGUCGGUCUCGGCGAUCGAGUUGCACCGACAGAUAUUGAAGAGGGUAUGCGCGUGGGUGUGGACCGGAAUAAAUACCAGAUCCAGAUCCCAUUGCCACCCAAGAUCGAUGCUUCGGUGACAAUGAUGCAAGUUGAGGAGAAGCCCGAUGUAACGUACUCGGACGUCGGUGGAUGCAAAGAGCAAAUCGAGAAGCUGCGAGAAGUCGUCGAGACGCCGCUACUAUCACCUGAACGCUUCGUCAAGCUCGGUAUUGAUCCCCCAAAGGGGGUCCUUCUCUUUGGGCCACCAGGAACCGGCAAAACUCUCUGUGCACGCGCAGUCGCUAAUCGUACAGAUGCCACCUUCAUCCGCGUCAUUGGCUCCGAGCUUGUGCAAAAGUAUGUUGGUGAGGGUGCGCGAAUGGUGCGCGAGUUGUUCGAGAUGGCACGUUCAAAGAAGGCUUGUAUUAUUUUCUUUGACGAAGUCGACGCUAUCGGUGGGGCACGAUUUGACGAUGGCGCUGGAGGUGACAAUGAGGUGCAGCGCACAAUGUUGGAGCUGAUUAACCAGCUGGAUGGAUUCGACCCUCGAGGGAAUAUCAAGGUGCUCAUGGCCACAAAUCGACCAGAUACUCUUGACCCUGCAUUGUUGCGUCCCGGUCGACUUGAUCGGCGGGUAGAGUUCUCGCUACCUGAUAAUGAGGGCAGGGCUCAUAUCCUCAAGAUUCAUGCUAGGAGUAUGAGCGUCGAACGUGACAUCCGAUUCGACCUUAUUGCUCGAUUAUGUCCCAAUACGACGGGUGCUGAACUUCGGUCAGUUGCAACUGAGGCUGGCAUGUUUGCAAUUCGUGCCCGUCGGAAGGUCGCUACGGAACGCGACUUCCUCGAUGCUGUAGAGAAGGUCGUGCGGCAAGGGACGAAAUUUUCGUCAACACCUCUAUACCAAGUGUACAACUAGACUAUUUGACUUUAGGCUUGCAUUAUUUUGCAUGUAUUAUUUUCCCAAAUCACGCAUUUUCAUGGACCGCUUGAGCAUUCUGUUGUGGACCAAGGACUCUGUGCAGCACUGAGCACACUCUCGAGUCUCAACUACCUGGCUCAUACUAUAGCAAUUUCCCGGCAAAGCUACUCGAAUUUUCACCGUGAUCUUCAUAUCGAACGGGCUCGAAGUACCAUGUAACAUGACGACGUUGAUCCUUCGGAUUUUUGCCGAAUUAGUAUAUUAUACGGAGCAAGGUCUAUGAAUGCGGCGUGACC